AUGCCUCGAGUACCUACCAUCCGUCUGGCACCGACACCCACCCACCGGGUAGUGAUCGUGACCACACCCCUCCGCCCACGAGCACAAGCACACACCCAACCACGCACACAACCCGUAUUCCCCAAACGCACAUUCACCAGUACACGAGCAACAUUUGCCCGGGAGCAAAACUUCUACGAGAUCCUCGAUCUGCCCACGAGCGCCUCAGCCGCCGAAAUCAAAAAACAAUUCUACGCCCUCUCCAUGCGACACCACCCAGACCGGAACCGCACAGACCCCAACGCAGGACAACGCUUCGCCCGGAUCUCCGCAGCCUACAACGUCCUCGGCAACGCCUCCAAGCGCGCCGUCUACGACCGCGACCACGGCUUCCACCAGGUCCACGCCUCCGCCGCCCCAGGCCAUACCCACGCCCACCCCAUGGGCAGCCACAGCAGCUAUGCCGGGUCGCGACCAGCCAGCGGCCUAAGCAAGCGGCGGUCAGCGUUCCACGGGCCGCCGCCCAGUUUCUACGAGCAGGGUGGGUAUGGGGCGACGGGGCGACGGGGGGAUGGGUUUGCGGCUGGUAAGACCGGGCCGACGAAGGAUGCAGGAUCGAGUCCGGGGCCGCGGUCGGAUCCGGAGGAUUGGGAGGGGUUUAUUCGGAGGAAUCCGUUGCAUCAUUUUAAUGCGCGGGGGCAUUUCCGGACGCAGGCGGCGGAGGAUCGGAGGAGGAGGGAGAGGGCUGGGGCGUCUAGAGCGAGUGUUUCUGAUGCUGAGUGGGCGGAGCCGCCGUCUGCUGUGCAUGGGGUGUCGUUUGCGAGGUUUUGGUUCUCGUUGGGAGGGUUGGUGCUCGCUGGUGCUUCGGCGGGUUUGUGGCCUGAUAGUGGACGGGAUAAUGGGAAGCGGAAGGGUUGA